AUGGGGGGGGGAGCUGGUGUUGGUGUGUUUGGUGGUGUGUGGUGGGUGGUUGAAGAUGGUGAGGUUGGAGGUUGGAGGUUGGAGGUUGAAGGAGAGGAGGAAGAAGAGGAGGAAGAGAAAAGGGAAGACGGCGAGAAGAGGCAGAACGACGAAGGUGGAAAAAGGGCUGUAAAGCUGCAAGGUAAGAAAAAGAGCGCAAGGGCAAAGGAAAAAAAAAAGGCGCGAAAAAAGGCGAAAAAGCGAAAAAAGCGGAAAAAAAGGCGAGCGUCAGGUGAGCAAGAAGAAAAGGAAGAAAAGGAAGGGAAAAGUCAACCUUUUUCCUGA